CAUACACCUAUCAGUCGGCUCACGACCGUCCAACCGGGCAGUCAGUGGCGCUCGCGAAGCGCGCGCGCUCGUCGCGGUCGUCACGGAUCUCGACGCGUUGCUUCCACGCCGCCACGCGGAGCAACGGAAUAGCGAAUAUUUUGACUGAAAAAUCUCGCGUUACGCGAAACAAGCAAUGUGCACGGCAACGUACCGUUGUUACCGUGAUUUGCCCACGCGCGAAUAACGCGGGAAGGCUCGGACGAAGGCUUGGAAGCACCUGAAGAGUCAAUCGAGGAUUUCAGGCAUUUUGGGAAUUUGGUCGAGUAAGAGACCGCGAUUUUUGCAAAUCUUCGUUUCGUCGAGACAUACAUUUGCGGGAAGAAUACGGGAAGAGUGCAAACUUGAAAACUUGACUCUUCCACCAUCUUCAAUAUCUAUCUUCCUUCCUAGUCUUCUUCUCGCGAACGCGCGCGCGCGCGUUUCUCAGAGGCGCAUGAAGUUCGUUAUCUUCGUGAUCGAUCGUCACUCGUUCGAUCGAGCGCUCGAGCGGUGCUUUCGUGAGAGCUGCUUUCAGUCGAACGUUAAUCGCGCGCCUAUCGUGACGAGCAUAUUUCGCGUCCGAGAAACGUUCGUUUCAGGCGUCAAUAUUUACUAGCUCGAAAGUCCACCGCGCGUGUGACGCAAAAGCGAUCGCGAUCGCCGGCCUCUGUCGAGGUGUGGCCACCCUUCUCGCGUCGCCACCCUCUAUGGCUGCCGGUGCUUUUUGUUAUUGCACGGCCGGGCGGACACGAGUUCAUUGCGAGCGGCGGUCGGUGUUUGCACAAGAGUCUUCAAGAGCGCCGCCAACGACAACGUCGACGACGACGACGACGACGGCGACGACGACGACGACGCUAGACGUCGUGCACAUUCGCGAUUAAGAAUUCCACCGAUGAGACGCCCGCCGCGAGGGGUGGGAACGAGGAGGUAGAAGAAGAAAAUGAAGAAGAAGGAGACUGGAAGGAGACGUUUUUAACGGUCAAUCGUGAUCGAUACGUUGAUCCAGCUUCUGGAUUCGUCCUCGCGUGAUUCCUGCUCUCCGUCGAUCGACUUCUUUCUUCACGCACAUCAUCGCCUGCAGCGGACUUUGUUCGAGUUGUUCUUCUUCGUCCCGAAGGAAAGGAAAUGAGGAUGGAGUCGCGGAAGGAGGAGUACGGACUGGGGUACCAGAACACUUUGAUGUAUGGCCGCUACACGAAGGACCUGGGUGAGUACGCGAAGGAAGAGGCGCGGAGACUCAAGUACCACGAUAAGGCGAGGCGGAAGUACGACAAGACACGGGCCGAGGAGCUGCGAAAGUCCAGACGGGGUCCCCUGUGCAGAAAACUGCUGGCCUUACUGGCCUUCGCUUGGAAGCAUACUGGCGCCCGGUUAGGCGAGGACUGGGUCUUCCUGGCUCUCCUCGGCAUCAUCAUGGCUCUCAUCAGCUAUGCCAUGGACCGCGGCAUCUCCAUGUGCAACAACGCCAGGAUAUGGCUCUACCAUGAUCUCACGACGCAUCCGGCGCUCCAGUACCUGGCCUGGGUCUCCUUGCCAAUGUGUUUGAUCCUCUUCAGCGCCGGAUUCGUGCACAUCGUCGCGCCGCAAAGUAUCGGUUCCGGUAUCCCAGAGAUGAAGACGAUUCUGCGCGGCGUAGCGUUGAAGGAAUACCUGACCUUCCGCACCCUGAUCGCCAAGGUGAUCGGUUUGACGGCGACUUUGGGCUCGGGGUUACCACUCGGUAAAGAGGGGCCGUUCGUGCACAUUGCCAGCAUCGUCGCGACUCUUCUCUCCAAAUUGGUGACGAGCUUCCAGGGUAUCUAUGAGAACGAGAGUAGGAACUGCGAGAUGUUGGCGGCCGCAUGCGCCGUCGGCGUUGCUUCCUGCUUCGCCGCGCCCAUCGGCGGCGUGCUCUUCAGCAUCGAGGUCACCACAGUGUACUUCGCGGUGAGGAAUUACUGGCGCGGUUUCUUCGCGGCGGUGUGCGGCGCCACGAUGUUUCGUCUGCUGGCGAUCUGGUUCCAGCGUGAGGAGACCAUCACGGCGAUGUUCGCCACCAGCUUCACGAUGGAUUUCCCAUUCGACCCACAGGAACUAUUCGUCUUCGCCCUGAUCGGCGUCGGUAGCGGAUUGGGCGGUGCUUUCUACGUCUGGCUACAUCGUCAAUAUGUUAUCUUCAUGCGCAAGAACAAGAGUAUGAACAACUUUCUGCAGAAGAAUCGCUUCCUUUAUCCUGGCAUCGUGUCGCUCUUGGUGUCAUCCGUGUCGUUCCCGUUGGGACUUGGGCAAUUCAUGGCCGGCGAUUUAAACACUCACGAUCAAGUUUACGGGCUGUUCACCAAUUUCACUUGGACGAAGGAGAACCUCGUCGCGGAAGAAAUGAAUAUCGUGAAGCAUUGGUCGACGCCGUAUACCGACGUGUUCAGCGGCCUCCUCAGUUACGUCUUAGUCACCUUUAUCUUUUCCAUCAUAAGCUCGACGGUACCGGUGCCGUCUGGGAUCUUCAUUCCUGUCUUCAAGAUCGGUGCCGCGCUCGGUAGAGCAGUGGGCGAAGCUAUGGCUCUUUGGUUCCCUACCGGUGUGCGCUACGGCGGAAUAAUCACGCCUAUUAUACCAGGUGGAUACGCGACGGUGGGCGCGGCCGCGUUCUCCGGCGCGGUGACGCACACAAUAUCCGUCAGUGUCAUCAUCUUCGAGAUGACCGGUCAAAUCACCCACAUUGUGCCAAUUAUGAUAGCGGUGCUAAUUAGCAACGCGAUUGCCGCGCUUCUUCAACCGAGUAUCUACGACAGCAUAAUCCUCAUCAAGAAGUUGCCGUAUCUGCCCGAUCUGCUGCCGUCCAGUUCAGGAAUGUACAACGUUUACGUCGAGGACUUUAUGGUGCGCGACGUAAAGUACAUAUGGCACGGUAUCACCUAUCAAAAGUUGAAGGAGAUACUGAAGGAGAAUCGCAAGCUUCGCGGAUUCCCGCUGGUGGAUAAUCCGGAUUCGAUGAUCUUACUCGGCUCGAUUCAAAGGCUGGAACUGAUUAAGCUCAUCGAGAAGCAUAUUGGUCGCGAGAGAAGACUGCAGGUCGCACAGAAAUGGCACAAGGAAGCGGAGGAAAGGGCACGCGAGGAGAUGGAACGGCAGCUGCGUGAGCAGGAGAGGAUCAGAAGACCUUCGAGAUUCGAGGUCAUACCGGCACCAGACAUCCUCAAGAUGCAACGGCAGAGUGUGAACGAUCUAACGAUGUCGGCAAACAAUGGCGGUGGUCCCGAUCAUCAUACCUUCCACUCGCCGGUGUUUGGCUCGCAACCGAAGAAAUCCAUCUUGAAGAAAACGAAUUCCUUCACUCUAAAGGGUUUCAGUCCACUGGUCAGUCCGGCGGUGACACCUUACACGACCGUCACGGGCGCUGAAAGCAGAAUACGCCUGGCGUUUGAAGCGAUUUUCCGCAAAUCCGCCACGUUACAGGAUGUAGAUCCUGAUCCAGAUUUAGGGACUGACGGUGGUACCAGACGUGAGAGCCAGGAGGCUUUGAACGUGCCGCCUCAUACGCCCAUGUUAGCACCCAGUCCAGCAACUUUGAAGAAAGUACAGUUGCCUCGAGAAAGGGUGAUCGACAUGUCCGCUGAGGACCAGAAGCGAUGGGAAGAAAGUGAGAUGGCACUCGAGGUAGAUUUCUCGAGAUGUCACAUCGACCCGGCGCCGUUUCAGCUAGUCGAGAGAACGUCUCUACUGAAGGUCCACAGUCUGUUCAGCAUGGUCGGCGUAAACCAUGCUUACGUAACAGCUAUAGGAAGGCUAGUCGGUGUCGUUGCGUUAAAGGAGCUGAGGAAAGCUAUCGAAGACGCAAACGCCGGGAUCCUGCCUAUGCAUUCCGAGUCGCUCAUUGGCGUGUCGGACUCCAGCCUGGCGAAGAGCGAGACAGACAUAGAGAGCAAAAACAUCAACACGAUCGUCACCAUCAGUUCUGUAGACAACGAGAAGGUGGACAAAGUUUGAGGAAACUCAAUCAGGCCGAGACGAGAUAAACGGGAACAUAUUGUGAUAGCCACGUCCUGUAGCUGGGUCUGCGACGUGGCCCGAAGAAAAAAUGCGAGAGCCGUGUUUCAGCAAUUUUCCCUCCCUUCCCUUUCGCGUAAUUGUCCCCUUCGCGAUCCGAUCGCAACGUGCCAGGCCAGGUCGCGUAACGACACAAUUGACCUCUCAAACACUUCUCUCGUACUUAAGUCUAAGGUGAACAAAAGCUAAACCCCACGGAAAGACGCGAGUGUGUAAGCAUAGUAUUAUCGCGCGGCGCGACUCUCUCAGAAUUUCCUAUUCAUUUCAACGUAACUAACUGACGAUUGAUAUUAAGUAUACGCGAUUCAUUGUCCGCAUUUGCGCGCAUACAUUGUCGUACCGGGUAUCUUUAUGUCUUAUGUCGUGAUCGAGUAGGAUGUUGUUAUAUUGUAAGGUAAGCUGUGCAUGCGUAUGUAUAUCAGCACGUCGAUAUUAGCGCACAACGAUAUUCAUAAUUGUCAUUUUAUCGGAGAACGAAGCAAAUCGUCUGGCAAACUGUGCCAAGCGCAGGACCGAGUUGUCUUUGGACUCUGCGCGCAAAAUCCGCAGCGGUAUAUAUUCGCGAGACUCGCGCGGAUGAGAGACUCGCGCGCGUUCACAAAAACAGAUGCUGUGAGACACGAGUCUAUUACUACUACAUAAGCCAUAACUAUAAUUCAGUAAAAUCGAUGAACGCAGGUGUCGACGAACGUAGGAGCGAAAAUAACUCAAAGUGCCAAAAGCGGCGACACACUCGAUAAAACGUACACCCACGGUAAACGAUUCUGUCCCUUGGAAAUUUUCACAAACUGAGAAGUGACUACGUUUCUACACUACUCGCAGCCCAUGCACGAUUAAUAAAAUAACUAAAACUUACGCUCGCUUAUGGAAGAUUGAGGCCUGGUCUGCAAUACCAUGUCGUAAGUUGUAAGCCGUAAGAAUUGGCGAAUCACAGUCAAUUGUUAUAAAAAUAGUCGGCUAUAAUUAGCCAGUUCUUACGGCUUACAGCUUACAACAUCUAUUAUAGAUCAGACCUCAAUCCUCCAUAAGCGAGCGUAAGUUUUAGUUAUUUUAUUAAUCGUGCACGGACUGUGAGUGGUGUAGAGACGUAGUCACUUCUCAGUUUGUGAAAAUUUCCAAGGGACAGAAUCGAUUAGCGUGGGUGUACAAUUCAUCGCGUCGUGUCGCAGGCUGAUCAUUUAGGAUUAUUUUUACGCCAAUGUUCCCUUAGCUAGUAAUCGUCUUGAUAUGGUUGUGCCACACUAUUAUUUAUUAAUGCGAUUGUUGAUUAUUAUUAUUUAUACGUACACGAGACAAUCAAUUAUCGAUAUAGAUCGAACAAGGCAGCACGGAAGCGCGCAAGAUUCUCUCUUUCGUUCGACAAAAUACUCAAUUAUUCGGAAACAAAGAUGAAAAAUAGCGUCCUAUCUCAUAUUCAGAAGCUACUUGAGAAGAACGGUCAUUUUAGUUGACGAGCUCUUCGAUGCAGAAUUUAUUCUAAUAUUGAUCGGAAUGGAAAUUGUUAAAGACGCUGGAACGAAUAUUAUUUAUUUUUCAUCCAAAAGAAGAUGUAAUCGAGAUGAAGAUUUAGAGGAAAGCAAAAAUUUGUUAACCACUUGUUUGUACUGAGAUACGAGAGUGACGGAACAUAAAGAGCAUCUUCCUCUUUAAUUCACAAUACUAGGUAAACAAUUAGUUAGAUGAACAAUUAGUCAGAAAGUUAGACAAAAGAUUAUCGUGUAUCGCAAUUAUUACUCUAAUAAUUUUAAGUUAAGCAAUUGAGACGAUGUUGUCAUUACCAGACUUUGCAGACCGUUAUGGUCGUUAUAGGCGCUCAGCUAACAUCGUCAUAAUAUUCCGCUCCAUUGAGUUGACUAAGUUAAAGUCGUCGGCUAAGUUCGAGGCACAUAUUUUACAUUCCAUAGGACUAGAUCUUUAUCAUACUAGAUUGUAUAUUUAUUACGCCAGAAUUGUAUACGAUGACACCGCGUUCGUCGAAUGUAAAUAUACCGCACAUUGUGAGCAAAAAAGACAUUAAAUAAUUUAUUACGUUUA